AAGUGUUCAGUUUUGGGAGAUGGGCAUCAAAAAUGAGAAAUCUGAGGAUGUAUCUCCACCACAAGAUGAUCUGGCUCUGUCAAAAAAACCCUGCAGAUACUGUGCCAGACCCAUUCCAUCAAUAUCCCUUGAACUUCAUGAAGUUCACUGUCAGCGAAAUCUCAAGAAAUGUUCUCUAUGCGAUGAUGUUGUCCCAGUUUCCCAAAUGCAGCAGCAUGUAAGUGAGGAUCAUGCAUUGGUCUGCUGCCCUUACUGCAAGAAAAGGUGUGACAAGAUUAUGAUGGAAAAGCAUCAGGAAUAUGAUUGUGCAGAACGGCCCAGCACUUGCAAGUACUGUGAAAUAGUCAUGCCCCUGUCUUGUCUGCCUGAUCACAUUGAUAUGUGUGGGUCCAAGACUGAUCACUGUUCUGACUGCGGGAAGUAUGUCCAGCUUCAGCACUGGGGAUUACACAAGGAAUCUGGACAUAAUCUAAUCACUCCAUCUGAGAAGAACAUGGACAAUGGAAGGGAGAUCCCACACUUCCUUCAUCUUCCUGAUAAGUUACAAGAAUGUGUGACAUCCAAAAAUGACCAAAUUCCUUGUGAGAAAUGUUGUAAACUCUUCCCAACUCAUGAGAUCACCAUACACCAGGCAACCUGUGGGAUGAAUUCAUUUGCACCUCUCCUUCCAUCAGUGCUUUCCUUGGUUGGACGCACUUGUGAGAUUUUGUAUCACUCUGCACAGGGAAGAAAUCAUAUCAAUGAGGAUCUCUUCCCAUCUGAGAGGGACAGACUAUGGAAUAAUUUCAAAUCUAACGCCAGAGAUUCCCCAAUUGAUGAUGCUAUUAGGUCAAGGCCUGCUGCAAUGUUGCCAUCUGAAAUUCUUGCAUCUGAAGCCAGAGCUGCUGAAUCAAAUAUUCAAGAGGUAGAGGAUGCUCAGAAACUCCAUGUUGACUGCCAGUACUGUGGAAUUGAAGUUCUUCUUGAAGACCUGGAGAUUCAUGAAAAGUGGUAUAAACUAGGUACUCUAUUGGGUGCUGUUGUAGAUCUCAAGGACAUUCCAAGAGGUAUGCAUGCCUUUGAAUUAGGUGGAGGACAUCCUUACUCAGAAGGACAUGGUGGAGCUAAGCCAAAAGUCCAUAAGAUUCUACCCAAGCCGGAGUAUGAAACAUUGAACAGUGGAGUCCUGAAAUUUGGUGGUUGUGACAUGAGCAGGCAGGAUGAGGGAGGAAGCAAUGUGGAAAUGAUGGAAUGUGAAGUAAUACCAUGUGAAUUCUGUUCUCAGCUGAUCCCAUUCAAUGACCUUAUUCUGCAUUCGACGGGAUGUCAACCCCAGCAUUUCCAGGGAACUCUUGGGGAUGAAGAGCUUCACAGGGAUUUCAGAGGGUAUUUUGGCAGUCCCCCAUCAGCUGAAAGAUACACAGGAACUGUGGGAUCAAAGUGUCCAAAGAGAUCAACUCCCCUGGCAAAGACUCUCAAUACAAUUCAUGAUGGGAAGGCACCACAUGGGAACUCAAAGGCUAGAGUGUCAAAACAUAAUGCACUCCUUGUUAUCCAGCCAGAGGAGCCCCUGGCCAGCCUACUGGACAUUUCACGUCCCCUUCAAGGUCAUCGUUAUCAAGCCCCAGGUGGUUGUGACACUCGCAGUCCACAACAGGAUCGGGAGAAUCUACUAGAGAUAGAAGAGCUCAGAUGCCUGGUUGGAAAUACUGAAGCGUACUUCAGAAGCAAAAGUGAAGGAGAAAAGAUUCAGCAUUGAAGGGAUAAAAGUUCCCAUGUUAUACGCAAAAAGAGCAUUGUGAUACCGUGUGUAUUUCCAGAUGACAUUUUCCCAUACAUCAGUGAAUCCUCAGCUUGUGGACAUCAAGAAUUCCUUCUGCGAUUCAGAAGGGAGGCUUUUGAAACCUUGUAUUUACCACCUGCAUGUUACGUUUUCUUGCACCUAAGCAUGACAAUUAACGAUGCAUUAUUAUGCAUUUUAUAUCUGUGGCGACUCGUUUGAGGAAGCAAAGGAGGCACGGCUUCUUAAUAUAUUCUAAGGAGACACUUUCCCAUACGAGUUGAAAAUAUCCAUUAAGAUAUCAAAUAUCUGAAAGUAAUCUUUCAGAACCAUUGGAUUCGUUCUCGAUUGGCGCAAAACGAGCGAAGUCCUUUGUCUGAUAGAUGACUUCUGCCCAGAAUCGCAGAUGGGAGGCCUCGCCUAUAGAUAAUGCAUACCUCAUCACUAAGGAGCGGAUUUUUAUGCGCCAAUAGGUCCGAAAAUAUGCACAUGGAUAUGCACAUAAAAAUGCCUAAAUAUGCAAUAAGUAUGCAUGAAUAUGGAAAAAUAUGCAAAAAUGUCUUAUUGAAUAUGUACAGUAGUACGAAUUUUUCCGAAGAAGGAACUUCAAUGUACAUUUCAUGCCACUUCUGGGUAUAGUUGGUCUAUUCUUGUCACUGCCAGCGGCAAAGCCAGGAAUUUGCCAGUUUGGAGGGCUAAGGGAAACGAACGUGGGCCAGGAUUUCCUAAACUUCUCGAGAUGAGUGAAGGUGACGGAUGAAUUUAGAGCAGAGUUAGGGGGCUUCACCUCAACCCCCUCCCUCCGCGCUACGCUGCUAGUCGGAGUUCAUAACCGCUUGAAAAUUGUCAGGUAGCUCAUAAAGAAACCACAUUUUCCUGGAAAACCCUUAUUCUUCCCAUAAAAAUGGGGGAAAUAUGCAUAAAUAUGCACAUACAUAAAUAUAUAUAUAUAUACAUAAGUAUGCACAUGCUGAGAAAAACGUGAAAAUAUGCAUUUUUAUGCGUUCUAAAAUGGGAGAAAUCGCUUCCUCUACCAAUGAGACACGAUCCUAUCUGGGUUGAAUGUUCCUAGGAGGCUGCAUAUGCAUUUGCAUAAAAAUCCGCUCCCUACUCAUCACUUAGCACUUGCAAUACAGCGUGUACGAGAGCGGGGAGGCCAGCCUCGCCGUCUGUAUUGCGCACGAGUGAGUGCUUGCUUGCAAGUGCCAGCACUUGUUAAGGUCCCUUUGCCUCAAGUAGAGCUGCUAGGUUACUCUAAUUCGUAUUGCCUGUAGUUUAUCUACGUAUCCAGUAACUACGUUGUGGCCGAGGAUGGAAAAGUCACAAGACAUAAUCUGCGUGAUCGUGUUUGUUAGGCGAGCUAGAUGUGAUUUCGUAUGUGAAAAGUCCAGAAACUCCCAAGGGGAGAAAUUCAUGAGACCGAUAAUUUUCUCCUCGGACCGGAUGCGCCUCUACCCUCUCUCAAGCGUUCCAGGAUAUAUCAAUUCCCUCUCUGCUUUCAUUUCGAUUAUACACUGCCAACGUGGAACGUUCUCGUUUAGCCUUUUAUUUUGUUACCUGUCACUUCAAGAAGUGCGACUCGUCGGGCAACAAGUUUUACCUAAACACACCGUUUGUGCUUCGUGCUCGCAUUAAUGCUACAAUGAAUUGUUCGUUAUGAAGAUGAUGUGCUGGCCUCCUCAGAUCUUUCGUCCACGAACCGUGAUGCUUUAUUUGGACGCUUAUUACUUAACUUUGCAAAGACAAGUACUCAGAUGCAAUGCU